UCUUCCAAUUAUAUUAUAAAAAGAUCACACACAUGAAGAACUCGUACUUUAAUUAUCUCUCUUUUUUCGCAGUCUUAUAAUAUAUAUAUAUAUAUAUUAUAUAUAUUCCUAAUUUCCGAAUCGCAUACUAUCACCAUUUCAUGGGUAUCAUCAUCUCUCUCUUCUCCAUCUCUAUUUUCGUCCUUUUCUUCUUCAGAUUCCGGGCACUGUCCGGCGACCUUUCUACCCACUCUUCCCCGCCGACGUACCCUCUCGUCGGCUGUCUCCUCUCCUUCUACAUUAACCGCAAUCGCCUCCUGGAUUGGUACACUGAACUCUUGUCGGAAUCCACCACCGGCACUAUCGUCAUCUGCCGUCUCGGCUGCCGUCGGACGGUGGUGACCGUGAACCCGGUUAACGUGGAGUAUAUUUUGACGACCCAUUUCCUUAAUUUCCCUAAAGGGAAGCCUUUCACUGAGAUCUUGGGCGACUUUCUUGGCUGCGGCAUUUUCAACGUCGACGGCGAUCAAUGGCGAACGCAGCGGAAGCUGGCCAGUCACGAGUUUAGUGCCAAGUCGCUUCAGGAAUUUAUCGUCGAGACGUUAAAGUUGGAGGUCGAGAUGCGGUUGCUGCCUGCCCUUGAGGCGUCGGCCCACGACGCUGCAGUCGUGGACUUGCAGGAUUUAUUGAGAGGAUUUGCAUUUCGAGUCAUUUGUAAGAUUGUUUUAGGGAGUGAAGAAGAGACGAUUUUCACACUUGAAAAAAGCUUCGACAUAGCGUCGGAGGUGAGCGCCGGGCGGGCAAUGGAGCCGGUUUACGUGAUAUGGAAAAUGAAGAGAUGGUUUGGGGUUGGAUCGGAGCGACGGCUGAAGACGGCAGUGGCGGAGGUUCACCGGAAAGUGAUGAACAUAAUUGAGAAAAAAAGGAAGAAGAUGAAGAUCCAUGAUAUCCAUCACAGCGAAGAUCUCUUGUCCAGGUUGAUCUCGAUCGGGCAUGACGAUGAGGUAAUCCGAGACAUGACCAUUAGCUUCAUCAUGGCGGGUCGAGACACGACUUCAGCUGCAAUGACAUGGCUGUUUUGGCUACUCUCCCAUCAUCCCAACAUUGAGAAUCAAUUAGUAGAAGAGAUAGACUUGGAAUCGGCAUCAUCAGUUGAAAAAAAAUUGGACUACCAAUCUCUUAAGGAGCUCAAAUUUCUCAAGGCAUGCCUCUGUGAAACCAUGAGAAUGUAUCCACCAGUCCCAUGGGAUUCCAAGCAUGCCAUUGCCAACGACUACUUGCCCGACGGGACUCUCAUCCGAUCCGGAGAUAGAGUGACAUAUUUCCCCUACGGGAUGGGUAGAAUGGAGGCUUUGUGGGGGAAGGACCAGUUCGAGUUCAAGCCCAGCCGAUGGCUUCUCGAACAAGACGCGCAUGGUGGCAGCCGGAGAAGAGGGGUGAAAUUGGUCAGUCCAUACAAGUUUCCAAUAUUUCAAGCUGGGCCAAGGGUGUGUUUGGGGAAGGAGAUGGCUUUCCUUCAGAUGAAGUAUGUGGUGGCUUCAAUUCUUGGCCAAUUCAGAAUCAAACCUAUUGCAGGCGACCGCCCUGUGUUUGUGCCGCUGUUGACGGCACACAUGGCCGGCGGCUUCAAGGUUUUGAUUCAAAAGAGAGAGAAAGAUGACAGACAAAGACGCAAUUCAAGACAAACAAACAAAAUUUUGAGAAAAAUAUAAACAAUCAGAAGAGUCAACGAUUCCAACACAGAAUUGACAGACCAGAGUUGAAAAAUAUAGAUUCCAAGUGUCAACAAUUGAUUGCCUGAAUUCAGAGACCAAGAAUACAAGAUAGAAUCAGAGGAACUCUUAAUUUCACCAUUUCUAUUUACUUUGAAACAAAAUUUGAGUAUUUAUAUUCCUAAUAUUCACAGUAAUUAUGAAACGAAUAAAAACUCUAUUAACAAAGAAAAAAAAAGGAUCAUUCAAAUCAAUUAGAUUAAUCUCUUCUUUUUUAUUUUUGAAGAUUCCUUGCUGAUUUUAAUACAUAAAAAGAUAAUCAAUUGGCCUGAACUCACUGCAGGGAGACAUCAGAACCACCCCUCAUAUGGGUCCCUCCAAUUUCCACUUUCAAAAAAGAUCUCAGCAUUUAAAUAAUCUGGAGAAAAUCUUCUCAACAAAUAAAAAAGUCUUGGCUAUACAUCUAUGUCAGCAAAACACUGACUGAUUUCUAUAAGAUAAUAGUAUUAAAUCGUUUCAACCUAAUCGAGAAAUAGAUCGACAAGCUCGAAUUACCUCAGUUGCACCUUUAAAUAUCAAGAAACAUGAUAUUUGGUAAAGAUAACAAACUACAUGUCCAAGGAAUGAUUGUAAAAGUUCCAAGUGGAAUUAACAAAUCAUGAACUUUCAUCUUCACAAAGCUUUACCAGGGAGGAAAAAAAAAAAAAAAAAAAAA